GAGCUCCCAUUCAUAAAAAUCAGGCAAAUGGAAAGCGCUCUUUUCAGCGUGUGAGACAGUUCGCUGGGCUGAGGCUGGGUAGAGAUGUACAAAGGUUACGGAGCGGGAAGGGCACCUGCUCCCGGGAGUCAUCGGCCCUCCACUCUGCGCCCAGGGACGCAGCAGGUAAGGCUUUUCUCCCUACUCUCUCCUAACUCUGGACACUCUUUAGUGUGCCAUUGCCGGGCAAAUGAUCCCUCCCCACGCGUCUUCCAGGGCAGAGGCUUGAAACUGAUGAUUGCCCCAAAGACAGAAGCCUCAGGAGCCAGGGGUGCCAACUUGAAUAAAAUAUUGGGGGGGGCAGGUAUAAUCGAUCACAAGACGUGGGUCACGCACACUAUUUGAAUGGCAAUGCCAAUCAGCGGAGGGGGGGCGCUGACCCCCUCCAAUAUUUUAUUAGGGGACGAAGGGACCGCGGCUCCUAUGUCAGGAGUCCCAUGGGGAGGAGAGGGGUUUAUAGUUCCAGGGUAUGAUAUAGUUCCCGCGCCCCCGGUUUGAAAUUUCUGAAUAAGUGCUCGGGUUUCCCUGUUCCUGGGGAGCCCCAGUCUGCCUCUGAUCUCAAGCGCCUUUCCCCCUAAAUCGGGGGUGGAGAGGGGUUGCUUCUGUCAAAUGGGUGGUGUAAGAGAGAGAAGUAUUUGUUGUGUUGUAUUGCCUGUCCAAACGCUUAAAAUGAAGCGAUGGCGUUGUGGGAAUUUUGUGGCCCUUUUUUUUAUAGGUGCCUCUAUGCCGGGUUUAUUUCCAUUCGAUAAUUUAUUGUGUGUGUGUUUUCUAGGUUAUUUAAUAUAGUUAUCUACUAAAAUUAUAAACACGUUUUAUUAUAUUGCAAUAUGAUUUCCAGCUAUAGAAAAAAGAAUACUCUCAAUGUGCUCAGAGGCACGGGCAAGGGAGGUCAAACUAAACAAGGAGCGGGAGCAAAUCCGGGUUUAAGAAGCCGCGUUGCUCGCUUUGGCUAUUGGAGCAGUGCCGGUUUUGGCCGCUAGGGGGUAGCUCACGCCCGGCUUCCAUAGUGGGUAAAAGCGCCUUGCAUCUGAUUUUUCUCUCAAAUGAAGGUUUGGCUAUUCAGUGUCAGCUCUGAAAAGAGAUUACAGAGAGGUGGGUUCUUCGAAUGGCUUUGACAACUGGUGGUUUUGCAAGAGGGAAGCUGCAGGGAAAGAGAUAGCAGGAGUUUAGUUUUGAACCCCAUCCACAGCAAGCGUAUGUGUACAGCGCCUGGCACACAGCAGAGGUUUAAAAAUGUAAGUUUUGGGUGCGUUUUCAUCAUUUCUUAUGAUUAAGCAGCAUAGAAAUCCUAUUAGAUAAAAAUAAAUAUUUUAUUUUGGGGAGGGGGGGCGAGGGGAACCAGAAUAACAACAUCUGGUUUUUAUCCAUAAUUUUAGAGUUUCUUUAAGAUUAAGUGAUAUAUAAAUCUUGUUCGAUACAAAAAAUAAAAUAGAACCCAAGAUUCCUGCAUACAGUGGAAUGGGGAGAUAACUCUACAGGGGACACGAAGGAGGAUCUGGGAAUCAUUAUGGGAUGUUCGCAUGUUGCAGUCAACAAGCGUACAAUCUGUGUGCACAAAUAGCUGUACUGUACACCCAUUUGGUUACUCACAUUGAGAGUACGGUCUGUGUACCUUGCGCACAGAGUAGGUGAGCUGUUACCAAUCAACAAAGUGUACCCUUUCUCACGCAAAACACUAUAUAGAGAUUGCUUGAGCCUAGGUCAGUGUAAUGUGCGAACAAGCCUAAUGUCUCAUCUGUCCUUUAUUCUGGUUGCAAAUGGGGAUUUGGGGUUAAGGGGAAGAGCUGGGCCUAUAAGAAGAGACAGACGGGGUGGAUUUUAGUGGAUUGCUGUAUGUGUGUGGUGUUUGGUGACUAAAUCCACAGAGAUGUGGCUAGAUUGAAUAAAACAGAGUCAUCAUUAUGUGUUGGCAUUGAUAAUUCUGGGGGCCUUUCACCCAGAAAACAAGAUAAAUUGAUGACUCAAACUAGCUACUGUUGGCGAGAAAGUAAAUAUGCCAGCAUCUAAACCCCAUGGGGCUCUUCAUCAGGCAGAGGAAGGUCUGGUGGAAGGCAAAGUGUGAGGGAUUGGUGGAAGAGAGCCUUGGAUCUCAAGGAUGGGCGACCUGCAACCCUCGAGAAGUUGUUCAGUUGCUAUCUUCCCUGACCAUUGGGCAUGCUGGCUGGGGCUGAUGGGACCCAGAGUCCAGCAACAUCUUGAGGGCCACAGAUUCCCUCCAUCCCUUACAUAGACUUUUCCUCAAUGAAUUUGCAAUACCCCCCCCCCAAUCUGUUGGUGGCUUCCAUCCUGCCUUGUGGCAAGGAGUUCCUUAAGCCGAUCGUGCUUUCAGAAAUUGCCCAGGAAUAACCUGAGUUCCUGCAACUCAUCAUGAGUAAGCAGGAAGGGAGAUCAUGGCUUCAACCAGGAACAUGAAACUGCCACCUUGGGGAUUGGGAGAGAAUUUUCUGCCUUGUGCAGGGAUCCUAGGAUAAAUAAUGUUGGUAUAUUAUCAUUUUUAAAAUACAGUUUGGAUCAGAAACGCUCUACUGGAGGAAAAAAUAAAUAGAGAUUUUAAUAUUGAGAAAUAAGGGGGAAGAGUCAUAGCUUGGGGGUCCCCGGUUCAAUCCCUGGCGGGACCUCCAGGAAAGGCUGGGAACGAAACCUCCCACCUAAUACAGUCAAAGUCACUGUUCCCCUUUCAUAGGACUGUAGAGCGGGAAGGGACCCCAAGGGUCAUCUAGUCCAACCCCCGGCCAUGCAGGAAUCUUUUGCCCGAAGUGGGACUCGAAACCACGACCCUGAGUCUCAUGCUCGACCGACUGAGUCAUCCCUUCACAACAAGAAUCUUAUUUGGGGAAGGCCCACAGCUCAGUGGGAGAGCUUCUGCCUUGCAAGCAGAAGAUUCCCACGUUCAAUCUCUGGCAUCUCCAGGUGGGGCUGAGAAUGCCCCUCCCCGGAAACCCCUGAAGAGCUGCUGCCAGUCCGUGCAGACAAUACUGAGCUAGAUGGACCAUUGGAUCUGACCGGCUAUAAGGCAGCUUCCUCUGUUCCUACAUCCAUAUUCUAGCAGAGAGGGGGGAAAUUCAGGUUCGUGUAUUUAAAUGGGGGGCAGACGGUCCUUGCUCGGUGGCGACUUCUCUCUGCCCCCCCCCCCCCGCAAAAAAAUCCACACCUGGGUCGUUUCCCUGGGACAGGACGGGAGGGGCCGCGCUCUCCUUUUUUUCUGCUGUGUCAUCUUGUGCUGUGUCAUAACAAGGUGAGUCAUCAGAACAGUCGUCAGUGCGAGUCACCCGCUCGACAGACAGCGAGGGUGGGGCGCCCUUCCCCUCUCCCGUUCCUUCCUCAGAUCCCGUUUCAAAGGCAGCUGGGAGUUUUGUUCUUCCCCAAUCCGCCUUCCUCUCCUCUUGCGAAAUGCCCCUGGGAACCGGCUCAACGUAAUAAAAAAUAAAUUUAAAAAAUCUGCCAGCUCUCGUCCUACCUUGCAAGGCUGGCGGAUGAUGCGCAUGGAAGAACUGUUGCACUCCAUCUCUUAGCAUCCCUAGCCAGUCUGGACAAUGGUCAGGGAGGAUGGGACUUGGGGGGUCGAGGGCACCCAAUUCCCCACCCCUGACCCCCUAUGCGAUGUGCUCUCUAAACCCAGCAGGGAGAGUUAAAUUAAGUAGUCCUGGUAGUUAUUUGUUACAGCACCUCCUUGUGGGGGGUCCUUCUGUCUCCGUCUUCUGUCUUUCCAUGACGCUGUCUGUCUUUAAAAUCUGCCAGGGUAAUGUUCUCUUAAAAACACCAACAAAAGGGGGUGUCCGAGAGCGGAAUGUAAACUCUUUCCCCUUUGUGUCAGAUGUGUGUUGUGGGGAUGGUGCUUUCCAGAGGAGAGUCACUGCUGUUUCAUCUGUCUGGCAGCUGAACCCUUCUGAAAAGUGGGUCUAUCCAGUCCAAUAUGUUGCCUGCCGGAAGCCCUCUAGCCGAGGCAUGACUUGCCCUCCACAUCUGGCACCCAGGCUGAGGUAGACUUCUUGUGGACAUGGAGGUUUGCCUCAGAGAUCGUGAUAGACCAGGGGUCAGCAAACUUUUUCAGCAGGGGGCCGGUCCACUGUCACUCAGACCUUGUGGGGGGCCAGACUAUAUUUUUUGGGGGGGAAAUGAACAAGUUCCUAUGCCCCACAAAUAACCCAGAGAUGCAUUUUAAAUAAAAGCACACAUUCUACUCAUGUAAUAGCACACUGAUUCCCAGACAGUCCGUGGGCCGGAUUUAGAAGGCAAUUGGGUGGAUUUGGCCCCCGGGCCUUAGGUUGCCUACCCAUGUGAUAGCCCCUACCUUCUGUGAAUCAGCAGAACAGCAUCAGCAUGUCUGAUGGCAGUGGGUUGUAUCCAAAGAGAAUCUGACACAGAGUUGGAAUUUAUAAACAUGAAAAACUUGGGUGCAUUAAUGCCAAGGGGGCCUACUCUGAGUAGGACUCAGUUGCAUGCAGCCCACUGCACGUUCAGUAUGAUGAGAGAGGGAGCGGUGUCUCUCUGCAGCAGUGACUGGGGAACCUCUGGGUGUUGCAGGACUCCAACUCCCAUCAUCCCUCACUGCUGGCCAUGCUGGCUGAGGCUGAUGGAAGUUGGAGUCCAACAGCAUCCAGAGGCUGAUAGCCACUCCCCUCCCCCAUUCUUGGCCCUGCAGCAUCCAGGUUUUUCCGCCUGGGCCUCUACCAGUGUAAUGUGCCAUGGUCAGAGUGUUGGGCUAGGACCUGGGAGACCAGGGUUCGAAUCCCGACACAGCCACAGGGUUGCUUUUAAGGAUAAGGUGGAGAGGAGGAGAAUAAUGUGCUCCACCUUGAACUCCUUACAAGAAAGGUGGGCUAUAAAUGUGUUUUUUAUAUGUUGAACUCAUGCCCUGUGUUGUUCUAACCACUGCGCAUCACUCCCCUUGAGGAGCAGGGUGUAUUACCCAAGAGACCCAACUUAUCCUGCAAGGGAGAGUGGCGGCCUUGCAGUGAAAUUGCAGACAGUGUAGUUAGUGGUUAGCGUGUUAGACUAGGACAUGGAAGAUGCAGAUGGCAGCAGCACCCACUCAGUCAGUCUUGAAGCUCACUGGUUGACUAAACAGAAAAUGGAAAGAAUAAAAUCUGCUGUUCUCAUCCUCUUACAAUUAGAACUGUAGAGUUGGAAGGGACCCUGAGGAUCAUCUAGUCCAACCCCUGCAAUGCAACUGUCCCAUAUGGGGAUCGAACCUGCAACCUUGGUACCACACUCUAGUCAACUGAGCUGUUGGUAUACCAAGGAUCUUGGUAUAAUUGGUUCUUGGUGGAAGGGUGCAAUUUUGCCAGUAAUGUCCCCCCUGCCCCCCGUUAAGUGGUGUACAAAUUUUACGAAAUAAAUAAAGCAAAUUAAAAGUGUAAUAAAACGAAGUUUUCCGAUCGUGACUCUCCCCUCCAAAAAAUUGGGAAGUAGGCACUUUCAGGUUGCUCUAACCCUUCCCCCAACCCCGAUUCUGGCCAAGAACCCAGAAGUCCUGCUUCCUAGCAGGCUACCUGGGCCUGUGCAACAGCCUUGUCUCGAGACAGGUGGCUCUGGGUUUCCCCCACCCUCACCUGGGCUGGAGGUAGGAUGUGUCAGAGAAACAGCAGGCAAUGAGUCUGUGUAGGUUUUGAGGCCGCUCCCAGCGAGUCGGCUGAGAUGACGCCAGCUGCCCCACGUAGAAGGCCAGGGCGGGCCUCCCCGGAGGUGUACCAACAUGCCUCAGGGAAAGGCAGAGGCUACUGGGGAAGUAGGUCAAGGGGUGUGUGAAAAGGGCACUGGGUGCGUAAUUCCGGGGGGUAGAGAGGCAGCUGUCUCCUCUCUGCCCUGGGGCUUAAUGGCUCCACUGUGCAGGGUGGGGGAAUAGACUGGGAACUGAGCUCUGCUGCAGUCCUUCCUUUGACUAUGUGAGGUGACAAGUGUUCCUGAGCAUGUGCAGAGGGCCAGCAUGCAGCCUCACACAGCUGGGAUAUGAGGGGAAAGGCAGAUUGCUAUCUCAAGGCAGUUCGGCUCCAGAGGUGGGAAAUAAAAAAAGCAGCUUGUUCCUGCAAGAUUGAGAGGUGGUCACUGGCUUGGAUGACUUGUCAAAGAGAGCUAGACAAAUAUCAUGGGGAAUAAAGGUUAAUAAUGGCGGCUAGCUGCUAUGGCUGUGCUCUCUCUGCCUCUGAGUAACCCUUGUUGGGCACUGCAAGCCGGGAAAGUUGCAUUGCGCUCUGGUUCCUGUUUGGUGACCUCUCCCAGGCAUCUAGAUGGGACGCGGGUGGCGCUGUGGGUUAAACCACAGAGCCUAGGGCUUGCCGAUCAGAAGGUCGGUGGUUUGAAUCCCCAUGACGGGGUGAGCUCCCUUUGCUUGGUCCCUGCUCCUGCCAACCUAGCAGUUUGAAAGCACAUCAAAGUGCAAGUAGAUAAAUAGGUACCACUCCAGCGGGAAGGUAAAUGGCAUUUCCGUGUGCUGCUCUGGUUCGCCAGAAGCGGCUCAGUCAUGCUGGCCACAUGACCCGGAAGCUGUACGCCGGCUCCCUUAGCCAAUAAAGCGAGAUGAGCGCCGCAACCCCAGAGUCUGUCACGACUGGACCUAAUGGUCAGGGGUCCCUUUACCUUUUACCCAGGCAUCUAUUUGACCACUGAGAGGACAGGAUGCUGGACUCACUGGGCAGUUGGCCGGAUCCAGCAGAUCUCUUUUCAUAUUCUUUCUUCCUUAAGUAUCUUGGGCAGGCAAGGGCUCUGUCUUCCAGGAAAUUAUUUUGCACGAGGUUCAUGGAAACGAAUCUCCCAUUAUUGUGCAACUCUUCCUGGUCCUAGAAUCAUAGAAUCGUCUAUGGAAGGGAACCACGAGGGUCCAGUAGUCCAACCCCUUGCCAUGCAGGAAUCUUCUGCUCACGACCCUGAGGUUAAGAGUCUUGUGGUCUACCCAUCGAGCUAUCCUAUGCACGUGGUUUGUGCAGGAGAAGGUUACCAGUGGAUUGGGCCCUGCGGGUCAAGUCUGCCGCUCUCAAUGCUGUCCCGAAAUCUACAGCCAGUGUUUAAAAAAGUUCCAUAUGCUCAGAGACUUUGCUUCUGUUCAUUGGGGGAUAUAGGAAGCUCAGAGCACUUUAGAUGUCCCUUUUAUGAAGAGGCACGUAGUGAGACCAUUGAUCCCCUGCUGGUGAGGCUCACUGACCUCCCAAAAAAGCAAAAAUUUGACCUUUUCCUGUUAGGCAAAGAUCAUAAGACGACCCGGAUGGUUGCCAGAUUCUGUGUACAGAUCUGUAGGCGCAGACCAUCCCCCAAUCCAAACUAGUUCAUUAAGAAAAUCCCCAAACUCGGUUCCAUGGGUGACUCUGGGUCAUCUCUCUGCGGUAGCUUAUCUUAAAGUUUUAAGUGUCUAUAUGCUUAUUGCAUUUAUAAAAUUUAAAUUUAUUGUUGUACAUUGAAUUAAAUGUUUGUUUUCCUUCUGGGAUUGUACCCCCAAGUGUGUUUUAUAAUCUGGUCUCCGACCGUAAUAAAUUAUCUGUCUGUCUGUCUAUCUAUUUACAGCCUGUGUGAGAUGGGAGAAGGGCUUCCAGAUUUAAGAGGCCAUUUGAUGCCUGGGAGGUUCUGGCAACCUUGAAUUUAUUUUCUAUGAGGGUAUCUGUAUAGGGCUAUUGGUGGCUCCCAGUGGCUCUGCUGUGGCUCUGCUGUUGGAAGGUAGCAAGCAAAUUGCUGGAAUUAUAAUGGGGGCUGAUCUAGUUGCCAGGUUUAUCUUAUGUUCUUAUGCUAUUUGAUUUUUUAUUUAAUGUUUUAAAAUUGAUUGUACUGUUUUCAUUGUUGUUGUCUGCACCACUGGGCACCUUUGGUGGGGUGGAAAUUGAAGGAAGGAAGGCUAUGAUGAAGAGAGGCUUGUUCUCUUUUCAGAAGAAGCCCUUGUUAUCGAAGAAUAGAAUUCUAUAGUUGGGUCUAUGUCCAUCAGUGGCGUGUGGGUCAGCGGACUAGGUGGACAAGGCUAGUUCCCUAAAUGUUCCCUUGGUGCUUCCUUCCCAAAGCCCAGGAAGCUUCUAUCUGGUUUAGGGAGGGAGGUACAAUACGCACACAUGGGACAUUGUUGUGAUGUUGUGACAUUGUGACAUCACCAGGGCCGGAUUUAGGUUUGAUGAGGCCCUAAGCUACUGAAGGUAGUGGGGCCCUUUAUAGGUCCAACAAAUUGCCGCUGUUUUUUGUGUUGAAUAUAUGCUAUAUGGUAAUUUAUGGACCUAAUAGGUAUCUAAAGCCAUUUGCACAUAUUGCCAUGCAACCAGUCCAUGCAGAAUGUAGGCACCCUAUUUUAGGGAGCAAGCUAGCAGGCGGGGCUCCUUACUUACAUCAUAGGAGCCUACACAACACAAAACACUGUUGCUGUAUGUAGUUUUAAUUUUAUUUGUUUUUUAUCUUAUAUUUUGGAAAUGUACAUCCAGGUUUUUUUUCGUUUUUUUUGGGGGGGGGCCAAGAGAGUGGGGCCCUAAGCUAUAGCUUGUUUAGCUUAUACGUAAAUCCGGCACUGGAUGUCACUGUUGUGACGUCACCCUUCCAAUUGCCCUCACAAGCUGGUUCCCUCUGGCGCUAACUGUUCCCCUACGAAAAAUUUCACCACACGCCACUGUUUAUCCAUGCUACCCUGAACAUGCCCAAUCUCGUCUGAUCUCGGAAGCUAAUCAGGGGCAGGUCUGGUUAGUACUUGGAUGGGAGAAUUGUAGAGGAUCAUCUAUGCAGAAAUCUUUUGCCCAAUGUGGGACUCAAACCCAUGACCCAUAGAUUAAGAGUCUUGCGUUCUACUGACUGAGCUAUGGGCCCAGUUGCACCUGCAUGCCUCUGUGCUUGGUUUUGAAACUCAGCCAGUUCCAAAAGCUGUGGAGGUGAAGUCAAUGCAAAAGGGGGCAAGAGCAGCCUGCCUUUUAAAAAAGGGAGAAAAAUGUUUUUUUUAAUUAUUUUGUGUAGUAAAAUGGGGAAGAGGUGGCAAAAUACUUCUCUCCUCUACCAGCAGCUUCACUGUCAUUGGUCAGAACACCGGAAGGGAGGAGUAAAUUAGUAAUCUGGAUGAGAAUUUGAGUAGAGCAACCUUCACCAAUGUAGUGUUUUGGACUACAACUCCCAUCAGGCAUGCAACAUGACUGCCAGCCGCGGCUGAUGGGAGAUGUAGUCCAAAACAUCUGGAGGGAACCUUAUUGGUGAAGUCUAGGGUAACAUGUCCAGCAACCUUCCCCUGACCUGGUGCCAUUUUAAUUUUGCUAAGCUCGUGAUUUGCUGCGCCCCCCUGCUCCAGCAGGGUUAAAAGGGGGGCAAGGGGGGGGACUUCCUUUUGAGGCAGGCAUGCAAAACCUCAGAACAUACAAAGCGCUUGAAAGAGUGCCUUUAGGCAUGCCCAGAGUGCAGUCUCUAAAAUGGCCAAUCUGUUGCAGUCCAACUCAUCUGGAAGGCACCAAGGACUCAGCUGUACAGCUGCAAAUAUAAUGUUUUAAGUGCAUUAUACAAAUGUGACACUAGAUGGCGAUGGUGAGCUAAUGGCAAAUUCAAUUUUUCUUAAAAAGCAUUUUCACAGCGGUUUUUUAUACAUGUCUAGAUUCCACCCAGGCUGCGAAAGGAGGCCUUUUCCUCCUAGGAAAGUUUGUGCGCUCGUUGGUGGCUUCUGAGCUCUGGCAGAUCUCUCCGCAGAGACGCCCAAGCUCUGUUUGUGACCCUCUUUGUCUUCUUCCCCUCCAGCAGAAGUACCCGUCUGAUCCCGGGGCCGGCAGCAGCAGCAGUGCCGCCGGCGGCUUUGUCCCCAACCUCAACACCAUCACCACCAGCCACGAGCUACAGUGGAUGGUUCAGCCCACCAUCAUGGGCGCUUCUCCAGGAAUCCCCCCUUACCCGCGACCCUACCGUUGCCCGCACUAUCCUCCAGGCAUUCGGCCGGGUGUGAUCCGCACUGCUGGGCCAAUCCUGACACCGCGGAGGCGUCAUUCGGAGCAUGUGAGUAUUGGGGGGGUGGGCAGGGAGGGAAUGUGGAAGGCCCAGUGGGUAGAUGACAGCAGAAGGUUCCUGAAAAAUAUGUGAAGCUUAGUGCAUUUGUGCAGCGACAUUUCAGUGUGGCAAAGAUCUGCUGUUGUCUCCUAGAUAGAGGAGGUUAAAAAGGAGGGAAGACUCUGAGGGCAGGCUUGGAACAUGCAAAGAAUGCACAAGAGGCAGGAUUAAGAGGCCUGAAGCACUUAAAAGAUUUUGGUGCCCCCAUAUAUGUCAAAAUACAGUGGUACCUCAGGUUACAGACGCUUCAUAUUACAGACUCCGCUAACCCAGAAAUAUUACCUCAGGUUAAGAACUUUGCUUCAGGAUGAGAACAGAAAUUGCGCAGCGGCGACAGCGGGAGGCCCCAUUAGCUGAAGUGGUGCUUCAGGUUAAGAACAGUUUCAGGUUAAGAACGGACCUCCGGAACGAAUUAAGUUCUUAACCCGAGGUAGCACCGUAUAAGCAAAUAAUAAACCGUAAAAUGAAAUUCUAUUAAAAAACAAAAAAAACCCUACAAUAAGAUGGAUAAGAAUCUUUGGUUUUGUAUACAGUGGUACUUUGAGUUACAAACGCCUCAGGUUACAAAUGCUUCAGGUUACAAACUCUGCUAAUCUGGAAGAGUUACCAUGAGUUGAGAACUUUGCCCCAGGAUGAGAACGGAAAUCGUGUGCCGGCAGCAAGAAGCCCCAUUAGUGAAAGCACGCCUCUAGUUAAGAACAGUACCACUGUACUUCUACUUUAUAUUUGAAAAAAUGUUCUCCUGCUUUUUCUUAUGGCAUUGACUUUGAUCAGGUCCUCAGCAGGGCCGUCUUUACCUGGGGGUGCAAGGGGUGCGGGGCACCCGGGUGCCGAAUUCUGGGGGGCACCAGGUGCCUGCCGCCGAAGCUGCCUAAGCUCUAAACUAUCUACCUGUUAUUAAAUAAUAAAUAAUUUUGAUCAAGCUAGAAAAAACAAAAUACACAUAUACCUAGGUAUUACCGAAAUGUAUACCUACUGGUUCACUAAAGGACUUUUGACUUUGUGCACUCAUCUACCAAAGACGCACUGCACCAGCAGCGGCGCUUGUCAUUCACAACGAUGCCGUGCAUGCGAAAUUAACUCUUACAUCAAAAUAUUAUGUUACGUAUUGUAUUGAGCUGCUAUGCGGCAGCAGGGUCAGUGGCACCUUUGACACGACGAUGUUUCUCCUAAGUCGGUGCCUAAACAAUACUUAUAAGUUUGUGUGUGGUGGAGCUAAUUUGGGGGCUAAACUAAAUUUGGGGGCGCUGGGUGGAUCUUUGCAGCCCAGCGGCACAUAGGCUAAAGACAGCCCUGGUCCUCAGAAUGAAUAUUACGUAGUACAUCUGCUCCUAUGCUUGGUAGAGAGAUACGGCAUCCAGCCUGCCUUGUUCUUCCGUUGGGAUUUUUUAAUAAACUUCAACUGAGAAAAGAAACACUCAGCUGAGUAAUUUAUUACCAUUAAUGUUAAAAAUCCGGCAAUGAAAAUUUCCCUGCUUCCCUUGAUGCCCUAAGCCAGCCUUUCUCAACCUGUGGGUCCCCAGAUGUUGUUGAACUACAAAUCCCAUCACCCCUAGCUAGCAAGGCCAGAGCUCAGGGAUGAUGGGAGUUGUAGUCCAACAACAUCUUGAGAACCACAUGGGUGGGCAAACUAAGGCCCGGGGGCCAGAUCUGGCCCAGUCGCCUUCUAAAUCCAGCCCGCGAACGGUCCGGGAAUCAGUGUGUUUUUACAUUAGUAGAAUGUGUCCUUUCAUUUAAAAUGCAUCUCUGGGUUGUUUGUGGGGCAUAGGAAUUCGUCCAUUCCCCCCCCCCCCAAAAAAAUUUUAGUCCGGCCCCCUGAUGAAAAAGUUUGCUGACCCCUGAUCUAAAGCAUGCUCUUUGGGAAACAUUUUACUCCAUUUUGGAACAAGAAUGUGCUUCUCAAGCACUUGUUGCCCCUUCAUGGCCACAGAAACCAUUUUCUUAGGUCUACUCCUAUUAGGUUGGGCCCAGGGAUGCUGUAGGGCUGUGUCACCCACACGAGGGUUGCCAUAUGUCCGGAAUUUCCCGGACAUAGCUGGGAUCCGGCCAUCGGAAACAGUGUCCUGGCGGAAAUCGCUGAAAUGUGUAGGAAAAUUCAGAUGUAUGGCAACUAAUGCCGGAAGUCUAGAUUUUCCCUGAUUUCCUUAAAAAUAGCUCCAAAACUUCAUUUUAUUUUUUUAGAUUUUGCAAAAAAAGUAAAAUAAAAAAGGUCAGCUUUGGGCAAAACUAAAACUUUGGUUAGAGUGUGUUGCUGAUAAUAUGGGUGCAUUAGUCCAUUGCAGGGGGUUGGACUUGAUGAUCUGUGGGAUCCCUUCCAACUCUAGGAUUCGCCUUUAUACAUAUAUAAAGGUGAGGUUGGAACAGCCUGGUUGCAAGGUGUGGCGUCCUAUGGGUGGACUAACUAAGGGGAGGGGAGCACAGAACAUGAUACAAGCCGAUAUCCUUUGAAACACCCAACUGCAUGGGCAGACAGCAUGGGCAGACCAUGUUAAGCAAUAUGAUAACACAAAGGGAUGUACUGUUGCAAAGCACGAUGCACAAAGCACUCUGGGAAGAAAACCAGCCCUGCACAUUUCAAAGUCUUCAUGUGUACAUAGCUUUGUAUAUCCUCAGCAUGUUGAUAAACUCAGCAGGCCUGCACUCUGGACAUGGCCAAAGGCUCUCUUGUCAGGGUUGGAUUAACCAUUAUGCAAAAUAAGCAUGUGCUUAGGCCAGGGGUCAGCAAACAUUUUCAACAGGGGACCGGUCCACUGUCCCUCGGACCUUGUGGGGGGCUGGACUAUAUUUUUUGGGGGGGGAAUGAUCAGCCCAUAGUGUGGGGUGGGGAUUAUGUCAUGUGCACAGUACCCCUGAAAUGCACCUGCGUCCAGCACUGAAUGAACAUUAUCACACAGUCUGUAGAUGCCUCAAGAGGGCCUCUGGGCAUGCACAGAGUGCAGGCCUGCUAAACCUUGGCACAUGCAAGGAAAGUGCAAGAGGGCGCUUCCAGCAGAGUCCAGUCUCCAAAAACGGCUGAGCCACUAGUGUAAAUUAAACAUGGCCUGCUUUUUGAUCUGCCUGGUGGGAUCUUUCAUAGCCGUGCAACAGGCAUAGGUUUGACAGCUAUCUCUUUUUGAUGGCCUGGAGAGGCGGUAGCAGGAGGGGGGCCUGUUUAGCUUUUCUGCCCAUCACAUAGCUGCGGAAGGGCACAGAAGCAGCACUGGAAGAAAAGGACACAUAUUUUCACUAGAGAUUCGCUAGAGAUUAAGGCCAAGAUGCUGUUGGUGGGCCAUCUCAGCUGCGUUUCUGUAGGCACUUGCGCCCUCUGCUGUCCAUGAAGCGCAUAGACGGUACUCCAGUUUGGAGAGAGAGCUGCCUCCAGUCAUAGACUCGUGGAAUUAUAGAGUUGGAAGGGAUCCUGAGGAUCAUCUACUCCAGAGUCUCUCAAACUUGGGUCUCCAGCUGUUUUUGAACUACAAUUCCCAUCAUCUCUGACCACCGAUUCCACAAGCUAGGGAUGAUGGGAGUUGUAGUCCAAAAACAGCUGGAGACCCAAGUUUGAGAGACCCUGCUCUAGCCCAACCCAAUAUGCAGCUGUCCCAUCCGGGGAUCAACCUUGCAAGCUUGGCAUUAUCAGCACCAACUGAGCUAUGAUGAGUCAACUUCCUGUUUAAAUCAACUCAGUUCAGGACCAUGUGGACUAGCAACUUUAUUUCAAGGGGGAAAGGCCAUAGCUCAGCGGUAGAGCACCUGCUUUCCAUGGGAAAGGAUCUGGGUUCAAUCCCUACCAUUUCCCAGGUAGGGCUUGGACAGACUCCUGUCUGAAACUCUGGAGACAAAACUGAGCUAGGUGGAUGAAUGGGGUUUGUGAUUUGGUGUGAAGCAGACUCUGACGCGUCCGUCUUCUGCAGCUGACACCCGAGGAGGAGGAGCGGCGGCGGCUGCGGAGGGAGAGGAACAAGCUGGCAGCAGCCAAGUGCCGGAAUCGCCGGAAGGAAUUAACUGACACCUUGCAAGCCGUAAGUGACUCUCCCAUGCUGUCCCUGGUGCUUCUGGAAGGUGGACUCUUUUAUUUAGUGACCGGUAUUUAGAGUGUUUGCACCCCAAUUUUCAGCCAAAAAAAAAAGGCUCCCAGAGCAGAUUGCACAGAAUCAGAACCAAGACAAUCACUACCAACAGGCAUACAAUCUUCUUUUCUUUUAUAUAAUCCUAUUUACUGAUUUUUCACAAAGAAAACAAGAAUCUUUACAAAUUUUAACAUAAGCCGUAAGUUACUUUAUCCAUUGACUUCCCAUCCUCCACUUCCAUGGUUUCCAUAAGGUAAAGGUAAAGGGACUCCUGACCAUUAGGUCCAGUUGUGACCGACUCUGGGGUUGUGGCGCUCAUCUUGCUUUACUGGCCGAGGGAGCCGGCGUACAGCUUCCGGGUCAUGUGGCCAGCAUGACUAAGCCACUUCUAGCGAACCAGAGCAGCGCAUGGAAACGCCGUUUACCUUGCACUUAUCUACUUGCACUUUGACGUGCUUUCGAACUGCUAGGUUGGCAGGAGCAGGAACCGAGCAAUGGGAGCUCACCCUGUCAUGGGGAUUUGAACCACUGACCAUUGGCAAGUCCUAGGCUCUGUGAUUUAACCCACAGCGCCACAUAUUUACCCUUAAAUGCUGCUUAUUUCGCCUAUACCAUUCAAUGCAUUCCACUGGACCUAUUUGUCUUAAUAAUAAGAUUGCUCCUAUUUCCAGUCCUGCUCGCGUUUUCAGCUACCUAUAGUAGUUCUUUAAAUACUCAGUGGGAAGUUUCCAGUCCCCGAGAAAUACAAUCUACAAAAACAGACAGGGAGCCCUCUUAGUGAAGUGGUAGAAGCAAUAUGUGGCCCCCUGGGCCUUCAUACCUGGCCCUUGAUCCUCUCCACAGGCCCCAACCCUCCCCAUCUUGCUUGGCACUCUCCUUGCCUGAAGUAUCAUCCUUGAACUCUGACCACGCCUCUUGGUUCACCAGCUGUGGUGGCUGUUUUGCUUCUGGCCCCACCCACCACUGGCUUGUGGCCCCUGGAGAUUGCCUAGAAAGGAAUGUGAAGAGGGUCUUCUACACUCUGCCCUAGGGCGUGUUAUUGUACUCAACAGUUCCCUUUUGCCUGUUUCUCUCCUGCCCUCUUUGAAAAAGUUAAGAAAUCUGCAUUUUUCCCCCUCCCCAGGAGACGGACCAGCUGGAGGCUGAGCAAUCUGGGCUGAAGAAGGAGAUUGCGGAACUGCAGAAGCAGAAGGAGCGGCUGGAGCUGGUCCUGGAGGCUCAUCGACCGGCCUGCAAAGUCCCUGAGGAGUCCUCGGGAGAAGAGGAAGAGGGCCAAAGCCGGCCGGAGACCCUCGCCCAGCUUCCGGUCAAGUGGGAGUCCCCGCCGGGCCCCAGCGCCCCUCGCAGAGCGGCUCCAGUGCCUCCCAGCAUCACUCUGCCCCCCAGCGGCCUGCUGGAGCCAGAGGCUCUGCACACCCCGACCCUGAUGCCCACGCCGUCCCUCACCCCCUUCACCCCAAGCCUGGUCUUCACCUACCCCACACCGGGGGACCCCGAUGGCCCCUCGGGCUCGGGCUUCCCGCACGAGGCCUGCUCCUCUGCCCACCGGCGCAGCAGCAGCGGCGACCACUCCUCUGAUUCGCUCAACUCCCCCACCUUGUUGGCGCUCUGAGGACCAGGAGAGACACCCUGGCUCCGUGGCGGGACAGUCCGGAGAGCGGCGUCUCCAGACCGUUGCGGUUUCUAGGCCGCUUCUGCCCAGGGUUGGGGGGUUUUUUUUGCUGCCAACGGUUCUCCUGGUCAUCUGUAUACAUACCUCAUUCAGGGUCCUUGCCUCCUCUGCUGGCCGGAGACCUCACAGGCCUCUCGUUCUGCCGCCUGCGCCCAAGUGCUUGGAGCCAAGUUGCCGGUCCUCAAGAAGGACCAGACCAUCUUCCCUCCCACCCUACCAGAACUCAAGUCAUUCCUUGUUUCUCCUUGCUGGUGGCCGAGGCAGGACAACCAUCUCUUUGUGGGGUGGGCUCUAGUUUGGGAUUUCCUGCUUCGGCCAAGGGGGGUGGAACUCAAUGGCCUCAAAUGUCCCCCUCCAAUUGUUUUAUGACUUUUCACAACACUUAAAAAAACACACAACCCUUACCCUUGAUAUCCUAGUGGUUUUAGAAUAAACAAGCCUUUUACUGUGCACCUUUCCACUUCCUUUUCUCAAACUAUUGUAGAAUCUGCUUUCUUCAAAGCCAGGCAUAGAAACACUGAUGUUAAUCUUCCGUGAACCACCAAAGACUGAUCUUUGUGCCCCAAAUUAUUUCCCAUCUCCUGGAUGAGGUGGGAUACCCUUAUGUCGCCCAGGGGUGGAGCUGGUUGAAGACAGAUAUUUUUUAUUAUAAACUCACACGUCCCACUGCUUCGCCUUGUCUUAAUGUCUCAUUUAGUUAAUUUGGGUGUUGUUUUGCUCUUCUAAGAGGGUGCAUCCUUUGUCAACAAAGCCUGUGGCAAAAUGAAGGCGGCAACUUCAUUGGUUCGGAACAAUUAUCCUGCUAAAGAUGAACAGGAGGAGUGUUUGUUGUGCUGUUGGGAGGGCAGGAGGAGAGGAAUCCCCUGCGAAUUGAUCAGGCAGCUGAUCAAAGUCUCCUUUAGCACAAACCACAAGUCUGGGUUUGUGGAAGGGAUUUUUCUGAGGGAAAAUACGGGGAGCCUUAUGGGCUCUGUGGAUGUCAGGGAAUCUGGAUCUGUCUAUCCUGGGUACAGGAAAGUUUGCUUUGUAGAACUGAAAAGCUUGGGCUUUCUAGAAGACAAACACCCAAGUUUCUAGUCCUCAUGAGCCGCUGGUUAAAAAUAGAGAGCGGAGUCGAAAUUCCUCAGAUGUUUUAAAAAUAACGCUUGGGGGUUUCUUUUUCUUGCCUCCCUGGAAAAGGUCACUUUGAAGAUUUCUCCCAAAAUAUUGUCUGCCAUCCCCCACCCCCAGUUUUUCUCCCACAAUACCCUGGGGCAAUGCUAGUUCUGGGGCAUUAUGGGGGAUGUAAAAUGGUAACCUGGGUGCCCACAGUUGGCAGACAAGAUAGAAGUUCUGGUACUGUCGUGUGACAGGUGAACCCCAGAUACCGAGAAACAGGAUCUCCCCUCUACCUGGAGAAAUUCAGUGAAAUUUGUGCCCUCAAUUUAUUUGCCUACAUGGGAUGGGGAAACAUGGCAGGACCAAUGUUUUGGCAAAGGCUAAAAAGUAGCAUCAGUAGAGGAGUGUCUUCCCUCAGCUUCUGUUGCCUAUGCUCUGAUAACCUCCUGUGUUAGAUUACUGCAAUGCGGUAUACAUGGAGCUGCCCUUGAAGGUUGUUCGGGAACUGCAGCUAGUGCAGAAUUUAGCAGCUGGAUUGCUGACCCCGGAGGCAAGAUGGUCUGAGCAUGUAUCACAAAUCCUCAAGGACCACUACCCACAUGAACCAACUUGCACACUCCACAUCGUGGAGGAUGGCAACAUGGGAACGGGCCUUUUCGGUGGUGGCUCUCUGCAUCUGGAACGCUCUCUCUCGGAGGAAGCAUGCCUGGUGCCCUGGUUGCCUGUCCUCAGGAGCCCAGUAAAACUAUUUCUGUUUACUCAGGCAGGUGUUUGGUUCUUAACCAGAAGAGUAACUAGUUAUGUCUGCGGCCUCUUUUUGUGCUCAUUGUUUUCAAUGUGGUGGGAUUUGUUUAUAUAUAUAUAUGUGAUUGUCUUGGAUGAGCACUUUAGGCUUAUUGCUAUUUUUUAUAUUUGGUUUUCAUGGCUUCUUCCUGUUUUUUUAUUAUGCAAGUUGCUUUGAGAUGCUUCGGCGUAAAAAGUGACCAAUAAAAAUUAACACAAAUAUAUAUAUAUAUAUA